AUGGUCUUCUCAACAGCUGUCGCUCGUCCACUGCAGCUGAUCACUCGUGUCUUGCAGUGGUCCAGCGCUGUUAUCGUCAUGGGCCUGACCUCAUACUUCAUCCACCACGGUCCCCGUGGCCAGCACACUAUCUAUCAGGAAAUUAUUGCUACCAUUUCGGUUGUCUUCUUCUUGCCAGCUUUCAUUUCCCCAUUCCUACCCUCGUCGCUGAGCAGAUUUGUGCUCGCUAUCGAUGUCGUGUUCUCCUACCUCUGGUUGACUGCGUUUAUUUUCGCCGCACAAGACUACAGCACAAGCCGGUGCCGCUCUGCUAUCCCCGCAGGCCUCGGCUGCAAACGCAAGAGGGCCAAUGAAUCUUUCAUCUUCCUAGCUUUUAUCUUCACCUUCUUCGGCAUGUUCCUUGAACUCGCCGCCCUCUGGGCCUAUCGCAGGGAGAAUACCAACGAUCGCUCCGUCACCGAGGAGAAUAAAGCUAAUACUAGGACCCGUCCACCGAUGGAUGCACCUGCAGCCCCUGCUGGUACUGUCUAA